AUGUCUGGCCAUUUUUCGGAUGAUAUCGAUAUGGUCGAUGUGAAUGACGAGAAUGAUCUCAGUCAGAUCACUAAUAUUACACUUCGUCAAAGAUAUGGACAAGAGCUCAUAAAUGAACAGUCGCACACCGAUUUUGACGAGUCAUACUAUUCUAAAGAACAAAAUGGCGUGCACAUUGCUAAUGGAGCUUCAAUGGAGGAGAUGGAUGCUGGAAUAUUCCUAGUUAUAGAUACGAAUUUCAUUUUAUCGCAUUUGUAUCUUCUGAAUGAACUACAAUCAUUUCAUGGCAAAUACAAUAACAUAUAUAGAAUUAUCAUUCCCCGUCAAGUUAUACAAGAAUUGGAUGGUCUCAAAAGCUCAGCAAAGGUUCAAGAAGGGAUAGAGAUUGGUCAAUUGUCGAGAUCGGCUAUAGACUGGUGUUAUAAAUUUAUGCAUAACACAGAUCCGAUCGUUAAAGGACAGAAGAUUUACGAAUGUAUUAAUAAAAAUGCGAUGAAAGAUGAUUCAAUUUUAGACUGUUGUCUUUACUUGCAAAGAAAACACCCUCAAUGUCUUGUGGUUUUAAUGUCCAAUGAUAAAAAUCUUUGUGUAAAAGCUUUGACAAAUGACAUUCUUACUAUUUCCUAUAGGCGAGGGAUGACAGCCGAGAUCAUUGCUUCCCGAGUAACCCAGGAAUAUGGGCUUUCGGUGUCUUAUAAUGAUGGUAAAAUUCAUAAUAAUCCGCUUAACUUUGAUCCUAAUAUGAAGGAAUCUAGCACGUCACAAAACAAUUCCGAAUAUGUGCAACGAGAUGAUUAUCAUGAGGCUGAUGACAGUAUGUCCCUUGAUGAAGAAACUGAAAUAAAUGCCGCCCACAAUUCAUUAAAAAGUAAUUAUCGUGGUAAAUGUUUAGAGGAUGUUUGUCAAGACAUUUUUAACCAGGUUCAAGUGCUAGUCUUUGAGGCGAUUGAUUUUGCAGUGAAAAAAGCAUUUGGUAAAGAUGCCGAUAUGGCUGGGUAUGAUGAGUCGAAGCUUCAUACCUUAAAAGAUGCAGCAUACUUAAUUAAGGAUUUAAGUUUGUCGACAUUCGCCGAUUAUUUCCCAACAAGAGCCACUUUCAGUCCAUUAAAUAUUCUCAACGAGUCUACUAAUGUUAAGCGGCUAUCCUCUUUACCAAAUACCCAAGAAAGUCUAAAGGAGUUCAAAGAAUUUUGGACUGGAUUUUUGCUUCCAAUAUACAAGAAGAGGGAUCCGAAACUACAAUCAGAUUUAAACAGCAUAAUCAACGUUUGGAACACUUGGGAACAGAAUCUUAAUUGA